UGUGUCUUGUCAUUCGGUUGUCAGUGAUCACUGAGCAGUCACUCAAAAGACUAACUCAAUUGCCCCCCCCAGAAUGAUCUGCUUGAUCCGAAGAUGGGGCCGACGUGGGGCCGGCCCAGGCCGCACACUCCGGCUAACGGGCGCCAUUUCAGUCGGACAGGCCUAAGCAGUGGGCUGAUCCCUUGGAGCUGACCUGGUAUCGCCCAUCGGCUGGCCCGCGGCUCUGGGCCUGAGAGCGAGCAUGGCCCAGCGCACACCCACCCGUAUACCGGCCCACCAGGCCGGCCAGCCACGCCCCCAUCGCUCUCACACGCCAGACGGUCUGACCCAGACUGCUACCACCACCAAUACGAAUAAUAACACUCUCCAAGAUCUGAGCGGCAAGUCCGUCCCAGGCCCCAGACCAUCUUGCCCAUCAGCCCCGUGGCCUUCGCCGCACCAUCCGACCCAUCCAGCCCAUCCGGGCCAUGCGGCUCAUCCGGGCCAGCCCCCACCUCGAGAGGCGGCCCGUGUUACCGUGGAGACCCCUGCCGUCCGCCACUCGACCGGGCGUGAGUGCCUAGGCUCUGACGGGCAUGCCCAUGCCACCCGUGCAGCGUCCGUCGGGGCCGAUUGGGCCGGCUCAGGCCUGGAAUCGCCCCGGCUGCACGUGAAUGCGGAGACGGGUCAUUGGGAGGUGUCCAUCGGACACAUGCGUUAUGGCGUUAUUCCCGGCUCCGCCGCUGAACGGGACCUGCUGCGAGGCCAGUCCAACUUGGCCACCCCCGUCGCCCCGCCUCUCACCAAGACCGCUGAGCCCGAAUCGCCGCCCCUCAGGAGUCCCACGCCAAAUAACGUGGCCUCGGCCCACCCGGGGCUCGACCAGUGCGGACCCGUCUCGGGGUCUGGGUCCCUGGCCAACCGGAUUAUCGAGCAGCGUCUGGGCUUGCAUUCCCAUUUUGGCGGGCGGGUGCGUAUGUCCGCGUCUGGGCCACCCUUGGCCGGCGGAACUUCGGAUGGUUUCGAGUCCUCCGUCAUUCACACGCUGGCGCGCGAAAUGGGUGUGUUCAAGAAGCCGCACGUACCCGCCCGAUUUCAAGCCAGUCCCGAGGAACUCCGACGGAUUGUGCAGAAUAUCGAGGCCGUGUUUGAAGACGGAAGCGCCCCCCCGUCCCCACCCUCGACCACUCAUCGCCCGCCCAAGCGGAGUUUGAGUCCAGUGUGGGUCCCCGUUGUGGCUCAAAAGCGCCCAGCCACCUUCCAAGACUCGUCCACGGAGACGCUGUCUUGGGACGAGGAUGUUCGAGGCUUUCAUUGCCGAUUGUGUCCCUCUUUCAGUCCGGAUCAGCGGGCCUUCUACUUCCAUUUAAAAACCCACUACGAAGAUCAGUCCGAUGUCGACGAGCCGGCCGAGGAGCCGCCCGAAGAGCCCGAUCGGUCUCAGCCACAACGGGAAGAGGGGCUGAAUGCUUCCGUGGCCCACAUCCCCCGGACAUUGACAUCGAAGCAGUCCCCCAAAGACACCGCCGAGAGCGCCACUAAACACAGUCCCGAGGAGUCGCUGUUUGAUUGUCGUGAAUGUCAAAAGGAUUUCCGUACCAAAGGCGCCUUGCGCGUGCACGCCAGGAUCCACAAAGAUGAGCGCCCCUAUCCGUGCGACAGAUGCGCCAAGUCCUUCCGGCAAAUCAGCGACUUAAACUAUCACCGCCAAUCUCUUCAUUCUCGGCAUAAAUCGUUCGCCUGCGACUUUUGCCACAAGACAUUUUCCCGUAAAUACUCGCUCACUCUGCACCGCCGGAUUCACACCAAAGAAUGCCAUCAUAUCUGCGACGUGUGCCAAAAGGCGUUUCGAGCCGCCAUCUACUUGACCGUGCACAAGCGAUCUCACACAGACGAGAGGCCCUACGAAUGUGAGGUUUGUUCGAAAGCAUUCCGGACUCGAGCCGACAUGACUCGCCAUCUCUCCAAAGUUCAUCACAGCAUUAACAAAGCAUCGAGCCAAUCGCGGCGUUCGACACUGAUCGCCACGUGAGCCUUCAUCGCAGAGUCACACACAGAUCCACUCAGUUGUUAUUAUUAUAUAUUAAGUAUAUUGCCAUAUGAAAUCCAAUAUUAAGUUAUUAGUGGA